AUCGAAGAGCGUACCUCCGACAACCCGGUGGCUCUGUAGCCACUCGUUCUACUCCGCUCCGAGCGCCGCGAGCUUCCCUGCUCCUCGCUCCAGGAGUGGCUCUCUUUAUUUAUUUUUCUAAGCCACCUCUUCUACCUCUGAAAGUUUCUAUGGCGAAGCCAGUGCUCACUACCGGACAGAAGAGCGAUUCUGGCCAGUGACCAAACUGCGAGAGCUCGGAGAACCGGACCCGUGGACGUUUUUCGAACUGUGAUAUAUCGGAAGAGAAAUAUUUUCUAAGAGAAAAAAUUGAGGCCAUUUCUCGACAGUAAUACUCUUUUAUAUUGAAAAAGUUAUCCGAGAAAGUAUAUCUGUAAAAUAUUAUAUUUUAAAAAAUUUGCUACAAAGGCUAGUUUUGGAUAUUUAACAGAUUUUGGUAAGUGAAGGAAUUCCAGAGGAUUGCGAUAGAUAAUCUGAUUCGGAAGUGCAUUUUUGUACGCCCCAGCGGAUAGAAUACCAUGUAGUAGAGAUUAUUUUUUGAAUCGCUAUAUUUGCUAGAGUUUGGCAGUUUUAAAAGAUGUUCGUAUUUGCUUUCGGGAAGUGCCGGUAAAAGAUGUGAAAUGCGAAAUUGUUGUGCUUCGACGAGUAAGGGAUGCGAGUUGUGAUCGUAUCUGAAACCCUCCUUUGAAUCGGAAAGGAAUUCGAAUCGUUCAAGAUGACUGAAUCGCCUCUCGGCAGUGAUUACGCGACAGUGUUUCUGAAUGACACUUUUCAGACUGCCUUGACAAUGAUUAGUGACCCAUCCAACGAGUCGCUUCUCCUGAGUGGUACAAACUUUACGGAGCAGUUGGAAAAAGUCACUUGGGAGUCCCAAGUGACGAUGGGCUUCAAGACGUUAGCAGUGACGACUAUCAUUGUUUGUGCCGUCUUCGGAAAUAUUCUCGUCAUCUCGAGUGUGUACCGAAAUCACAAGCUUCGCAUCACGACCAACUACUUCGUAGUAUCUCUCGCUUUUGCCGACACUUUAGUUGCACUUUUAGCCAUGACCUUCAACGCCAGCCACAUGAUUGCCGGCAAAUGGCUUUUUAAUCAGACAGUUUGUGAUUUUUGGAACUCGUGCGAUGUACUUUUCUCCACGGCAUCCAUCAUGCACUUGUGUUGUAUCAGCGUGGACAGAUACUACGCUAUCAUUAAACCUUUAGAAUAUCCCACUAAGAUUACAGGAAAGUUGGUAGCUAUCAUGAUAGCGUGUGUGUGGUUCAGUUCCGGUCUUAUUAGCUUCAUCCCUAUAUUUUUAGGGUGGUAUACCACCAACGACCACUUGGAAUCUCGAGAGAAGAAUCCCGAAGUUUGCGAGUUUGUGGUUAACAAGCCGUAUGCAAUCAUUUCCUCCAGCGUUUCUUUCUGGAUACCUUGCUUUAUUAUGCUUUUCACGUACUACAAAAUCUAUGUCGAGGCUGUUCGCCAAGAGAAGUUCAUGUGCAAAUCUCAGGUGGGACCGGCCAUGAUGCAUAACAGUGCUCGUAACAGCACCGACCACUCGAUUGCUCCGAAUGUCCAUGCUCCCCCUCACCGCAAUUCCCACGGCGAUGAUCCGGAAAGUGGUCAAUCCACCCCGACCAAGAGGAAUAUCAACAAGAUGAAGCGGGAACACAAGGCUGCCAAGACCCUGGGCAUCAUCAUGGGGGCCUUCAUCCUGUGCUGGCUCCCUUUCUUUCUCUGGUAUGUGUCCAUCAGCAUGUGCGGUGAUGCUUGCUAUUGCCCGGACAUAGUCGUCGAGGUUCUCUUCUGGAUUGGCUACUUCAACUCGUCACUGAAUCCCAUCAUCUAUGCUUACUUCAACCGUGACUUUCGUGAGGCUUUCAAAGACACUAUCCAAAGUUUCAUCUGUUGCUGUUGGAGAGUCCCGUGCCUGCAAAAUGAGCGCGCCAAAGCCAUACCCUUUAACUGUGCUUACAGGUCGACCCAGGACAUUGGUCUUGUGGAGAACAAGUAUGUCAGGGACUGAAACUUGAUGUGUCUCAUUGUGUGGAUGAAAACAUAAUGAAGCUCGUGACAGGAUUUUCAUUAGGAUGGGUUGGACUAAAUUCAAGAUGGAAGUCGAAAUAUAUGAUAUAUUCACGUUAAAGAAGGGAAUAUUUUGGCUCCCCCUCUAGAUCGUCAAGAAAAGAGGCGAAAGCGGAAUGCUUCUCUCAAGUCCAAGUUUGCGGUGUAAAUACCAUCACUACCGUUGAUAUCUGCUCGUUAAACAACAGCACUCAUACAUGUAAGAUGCCUGUCAUGUCGGCUCGAAAUCUAAAAAAACAAAAAACAAAAGCAAACAAGUUAAUUGUAUUUUUCAGUUCAUUUUGUAUCACGUUUGCAUGCUCCGUUUGUGUAUCUUUGAUGUAGAUAUUGAAUAUUGUAAACAACAUCAAAAAUCACUAGUGUAAACAAAAAUGUAUAUAUUUAGAAAAAAAUGAGAUGGAUGAAAAAUAACGGGAAAUCUAUUUGUGGGUUUACGUGCCUACUCAAUGUGAUAUUUUAAUCGUGCACCUACUUAAGAUCUUAAAAGACGAGGAUAGAGUUGUCUUGCUUUUACUGAAUCCUCCUGUAUGUAUAAACCAGUAGCUUGAUCUCUAAAUAUUUUGUAUAUUUUGUCUUGUAUAACUGUAUUGUCGUUGCGGAACGAAAAAAGAAAUGAAUAAAAAAUUA